ACCGUUUAAGCCCUAAAACAUUUCCCACCAUUUGAAUCAUACCCGUUUCCGCCGCCGCCGCCACCAGUCAACAGCACAGGUCGUCACCGCCAUCCCCAACCUUCUCUCCGAGCCCUCAUCCAUCCGCGAGGUUAAUGUUGAUGGGUGUGAUUGAUAUAUACAACGCUUCCUCACUCCGAUUGACCAAUAUCAGCACCAGUCGCAGACCCAGUUGUGGAACUGAAGGGAACAAGAGGAGGGUGGUGGCUAUGGCUUCCACAACUCCUGUGCAGAAACAAGUCAAUGAGGCUCAACAGCGUUUGACCGGUGACUCGUUCAUUCGACCCCAUUUGAGGAAUUUAUCUCCUUAUCAGUCCAUUUUGCCAUUUGAGGUUUUGUCGGCCCAACUUGGAAGGAAGCCUGAGGACAUUGUCAAAUUAGAUGCAAAUGAAAACCCUUAUGGUCCUCCUCCGGAGGUUUUUGAAGCUUUGGGUGCACUGAAAUUCCCAUAUAUCUAUCCUGACCCUGAAAGCCGUCGGUUACGUGCUGCCCUUGCAAAGGAUUCAGGGCUUGAAUCUGAUUAUAUUCUUGUUGGGUGUGGUGCGGAUGAGCUCAUUGAUUUGAUUAUGAGAUGUGUGCUUGAUCCUGGUGACAAGAUUGUUGACUGCCCUCCAACAUUCACAAUGUAUGAAUUUGAUGCUGCAGUAAAUGGGGCUUCUGUCAUUAAAGUGCCAAGGAAGUCGGAUUUUAGCUUGGAUGUAGACGUCAUUUCAGAUGUUGUUGUACAGGAAAAACCUAAAUGCAUAUUCCUAACUUCUCCCAACAAUCCAGAUGGGAGUAUAAUCAGUGACGAGAUUCUCUUGAAAGUCCUUGAGCUUCCUGUACUGGUGGUGCUGGAUGAAGCAUAUAUUGAGUUUUCAGGACUUGAAUCACGGAUGCAGUGGGUGAAAAAGCAUGAGAAUCUAAUUGUACUUCGGACUUUUAGCAAACGAGCUGGCUUAGCUGGACUCCGCGUGGGAUAUGGAGCAUUUCCAUUGACCAUCAUUGAAUAUCUUUGGAGAGCAAAGCAACCAUAUAAUGUGUCUGUUACUGCU